GAUGAAGGCGUGCUGAAGGUGAUCAAACGAGAGGGGACAGGCACAGAAACUCCCAUGAUUGGAGACAAGGUCACCGUACACUAUACCGGCUGGCUGCUGGAUGGUACCAAAUUUGACUCCAGCUUGGAUCGCAAGGACAAGUUCUCCUUUGACUUGGGCAAAGGGGAGGUAAUCAAAGCCUGGGACAUCGCUGUGGCCACUAUGAAAAUUGGAGAAGUCUGCCACAUCACUUGCAAACCAGAAUAUGCCUAUGGUUCGUCUGGCAGCCCUCCCAUGAUCCCCCCCAAUGCUACCCUGGUGUUUGAGGUGGAACUAUUUGAUUUUAAGGGAGAAGAUCUCACUGAGGAUGAGGAUGGUGGGAUCAUCCGCAGGAUACGGAAUCGAGGCGAGGGCUACUCCAAGCCCAAUGAGGGAGCUCGAGUGGAAGUUGUGCUAGAGGGUCGCCAUAAAGGCCGGGUCUUUGACCAGCGAGAGUUAAGCUUUGAGAUUGGAGAGGGUGAGAACUAUGAUCUUCCCCCUGGACUAGAAAAGGCGAUUCAGCGAAUGGAGAAGGGAGAGAACUCUAUUGUCUACCUUAAGCCCAGCUAUGGUUUUGGGAGUGCUGGGAAGGAGAAGUUUCAGAUCCCAGAGGAUGCUGAGCUACAGUAUGAAGUGAUACUCAAGAACUUUGAGAAGGCCAAGGAGUCUUGGGAGAUGAAUGCAGAGGAGAAGCUUGAGCAGAGUGCCAUAGUGAAAGAACGGGGUACAGUGUACUUCAAGGAAGGCAAGUAUAAGCAAGCCAUGCUUCAGUACAAGAAGAUUGUGUCCUGGCUAGAAUACAAGCUGGGCUUCUCUGAAGAGGAAGGACAGCAAGCCCAGGCUCAGGCACUGAGAUUGGCUUCACACCUUAACCUUGCCAUGUGUCACCUCAAACUGCAGUCAUUUUCUGCCGCCGUGGAGAGCUGCAAUAAGGCCCUAGAACUGGACGACAACAAUGAGAAAGGCCUUUUUCGUCGGGGGGAGGCCUAUCUGGCUAUGAAUGACUUUGAGCUGGCGAGGGAUGACUUCCAGAAGGUCCUGAAGCUCUACCCCAGCAACAAGGCUGCCAGAACCCAACUGACUGUCUGCCAACAACGGAUCCGUGAACAGCAUGCCCGGGAGAAGAAGCUUUAUGCUAACAUGUUCCAGAGAUUGGCUGAGAAAGAGAACAAGCCUGAGGCAGAACCAGCUGGAGGAGACUUUCCAUCUGAUGCAGAGAUGAAGGAUGACCAGCAGAAUGGUGUGGAAAUGAGCAAGUCUCAAGUGGAGGCAGAAGCAUAGCCAGCCCUCCAACCCCACUCCCACGGCUGCCUACCUCCCAUACCCUAACCUUCCCUACUCCACCCUAUUAGUUUUGUAAAAAGCAAACAAACAAAGACAAAAAAAGACAAAAAAAACCUGAAGAAUUUUGAGUGAAUUAGACCUUUAUUUUUUUAUCUGGUUGAAAGGUGACUUUAGGGAAGGGGAAAAGAACAGGUUUGUUGGGGUUGGGAAGGGGAUGUUUUUGGAAAGGUAAUCCUUUCUACUCCCCCAAAAAAUGUUAAUUUAUUUUGCUCCUUCUGCAGCCUGAUCCAUUUCUACAUUGGGAGGGGAUCUAGUCUUGAAGCUGGGGUGUAGAUGGAGAAAUGCAGAACACCCCCUCUUCUCCUCUGUUGGUGGCAGGGGAGUAUAACUAAAACAAAACAAAACCCACUGCUGUUUCCCUGGCUUCCAUUCGUUCCUUUCCUAAUCCCAGACUUUUGGCAGUUGGUCCUUUCUGGUAUCGUGGUGACCAUUUUCAUGUGUCCUUCCAUUUUUCUUAACCUUAGCUAUUCCUUCUCCCCUUGCCUGUUCUAUGUUGUACCCAUCCCUGUUCCUUUGGCCUAUUACCUGCACGACAUUGAAGAUCCAGGCUCUCUCAAGUUCCAUACUUGAGUAAUAAAAUGGAAACAACCAAAGUUUAGGAAUCAGGCUGUGCUUCCUGUUCUGCCCAAAAGGGAAGGGGUGGUGAGAGGACCUCUGGGUGGGAGCAGUCCUAAUACAGGCAAAAAUUAGAAAGUACCUCUCUGAGGCAAACAGCUUAUUAUACUUUGACUUGUCCAAUGAGAUUGGCCAACGUAUUCUUUGAAGCAAUUUAGCCAAUUGGUGCAAUUAUAAGCAACAAUUGAGGCCAAACCCUUGAGAACUGUACCAUCUAUCAAAGGUAUAUAAGGUGGUAGCUGAUAACAGGAUGCUGAAAAGAACUCCAAGUGAUAAUAGAACUGGGCAAGGAGAAACAGAUGGAUAUAUAAAUGAGAAGAAAAACUACAGGUUAAGGUUGUAGCUAGGGCAGCAUUCAAUAGGAUUCAACCUAGGACCUUAAUCACAUUCUUAAAAGGGAGAGAAUUGACCCUUCAAGGUCCCUUCACACUCUAGGUUAAUAGCAUUGUUUUCAAGUAAUGACACUGUCGUCGUGGCUCCUGGUUAUCUUCUAAUUUUUUUUUUAGGAGAUUGUAAGCUCCUAGAGGGCAGGGACCAUAUCUGUUUUGAAUUUGGUUUGUAUGGCAAUGCAUAGCUUGGUGCUUAAUAAAAUACUGUUAAAUGCUGAGA